GAGAUAAAGGCACAGCUGUUGAGCGAGCUGGAGGGUUUGGAUAGGGGCAUAUUUGGAGUGCCGGCGGCCAAAAAAGCUCGCAUUCUGGCCCUCAUCAGCGAGCUGGAGAAGCAUAACACCCAGACUGCGCCCACCGCAAACUUGGAAGCCGUUGCAGGGGACUGGCGACUCCUUUAUUCUACCAUCACCAUCACGGGCGCGAAGCGCACUAAACUGGGCCUUCGGGAGUUCGUGCAGCUGGGGGCGUUUAUUCAACACAUCGACACGGCCAAUAACCUGGCGGUGAACCGCAUCGAGUUCUCCGUGUCGGGGUUUUCCUCCCUUCGGGGUUUCCUCACCAUCCGAGCCAACUACAACGUGGUUUCGGAGCGGCGAGUGGGGAUCACUUAUCUGGACUCCACAUUGGUCCCCACCCAGCUUCAAAAAAUCUUCGAGGCCAAUUUAGACCUUUUGCUCUCCAUUUUCAAUCCGGAGGGCUACCUGGAUUUGACGUAC